AUGGACGAGUUUCAGCAAAAAAAGCUCGAAAAAGAGCUGAGCGAGUUGAAAAAACUCAUCGACUUGCAUUUCGUCCAACGAAGGAAGGAUGAAGAAGAGCUGAAAGGACUUGAAGAUCGAAUCGAAAAACGAAAAGAGUAUCGAGCUGCUCAACUUGCUGAGCGUGCCAGAAGGGAGCAAGAAAAAGAAGCGCGACUUCAAGCGGAAAAAGAGCGAAAAGAAGCGGAAGCUCAGCGAAGAGCCGAUGAAGAAGCGGCUAGAAAGAAGGAGCUUCUUCAAGCUCUCAACGCAGCUGCUCAUGGAAAUCAACGACAAGACAGGCGAAAGGGACGAGGCACAGAGCGAGAAAAGAAGAAGAAGGUUCUUGCCGAGCGAAGAAAACAGCUCAACAUCGACCAUUUGGAUGUUGAAAAGCUCAAGGCGAAGGCGAAAGAACUUUUUGAUCAUCUCAAUGUUCUCGAAAACUCAAGAAUUACUCUGGAGAAAGAAACUGGCGAGCAAAAAUACGAGCUUGCUCUCUGUCGAUACCGAGUAAACACCCUUAACGACGCCAACACCAAGGCAACCUCCAAGGCCCGCACUCGCGUUGGAAAGCUCCGAUAA